AAACAAAAAGAUGUGAAAUAAUAAUUUCUCCGGAAUGAGAAUCUAUGGUUUUCAAACCCAAAAGUCUGUGCUCAUUUGCACCCAGAAAUCUGGAAAAUAUAAUUGCAAAACUUUAUAUUUAUAGAUGAUUCGAGAAAAAAUAAAUUGAGAUGAAAAAAGGGAAACAAAUAGCCGACGGCUAGAAAUCUAACCUUUGCCAUUGAAAAGGCCGUUGAUCCAAUGGCUAGAAGAGUCAACAGCCUGUCAGCGCUCUUAAUUUCUUAACUUUCUUGCCCGUUUAGGGCCAAAAACGAAACAGAGCACAGAUCUCUCUCUCAUCCCUCCAGUAAUGCUCGGUAACGUUCUGUUCUGGAAAAAACUGAACAUUUCAUAUAAACAGAAGACCAUUAGGUGUAUGACAGCUCAUAAACAUGUGAUUCCUUUAUUAAAAGGACAACUUUUGGAAUCACAACAAAUUCUACCAUGCUCUUCUUUUUCCUUUACGCACAGAACGCGUUAAGGAUUUCUAUUGGAAUUCUCGUGUAUUAUUCGCGUAAGCUUUGUCCAGCACUAGCACCUGGCCUUUCGGUUGUUCUAGAAAGGAUUGCAAAGGACACUCGUGGUUUUGUUGGUGCUGACCUUGCUGCUCUAUGCACUGAAGCUGCACUGCAGUGCAUCAGAGAACAGAUGGAUGUUAUUGACCUGGGAGAUGAAUCCAUAGAUGCAGAGAUCCUUAACUCAGUGGCAGUUACAAAUGAGCACUUUCAAACUGCUCUUAAAACAAUUAGCAACCCCUUUGCUCUGCGUGAAAUGGUGGUUGAAGUGCCCAAUGUCACAUGGGAGGACAUUGGAGGCCUUGAGAAUGUUAAGAGGGAACUCCAAGAGACUGUCCAGUAUCCAGUGGAGCACCCUGAGAAGUUUGAGAAAUUUGGCAUCUCACCUUCAAAGGGAGUACUUUUCUAUGGCCCUCCUGGAUGUGGGAAAACUCUUCUGGCUAAGGCUAUUGCAAAUGAGUGCCAAGCAAACUUUAUCAGUGUCAAAGGCCUUGAACUGCUCACAAUGUUUGGUGAGAGUGAAGCCAAUGUUAGAGAAAUAUUUGACAAGGCCCGGCAGUCUGCACCCUGUGUGCUUUUCUUUGAUGAGCUCGAUUCUGUUGCUAAGCUGAGGGGUGGUGAUGCAGGUGGGGCAGCUGAUCGAGUUCUAAAUCAACUCCUUACUGAAAUGGAUGGCAUGAACCCAAAAAAGACUGUUUUCAUAAUUGGGGCCACCAAUAGGCCUCGCAAAAUUGAUCCAGCAUUAUUGCGGCCUGGCCGUCUUGACCAGUUGAUCUAUGUUCCUGUUCCAGAUGAGGAAUCACGAUAUCAGAUCUUCAAAUCCUGUUUGAGAAAGUUACCUGUUGCUAAGGAUAUUGAUUUAAGAGUGUUGGCCCAGUCCACUCAAGGUUUUAGUGGUGCUGAUAUUACUGAGAUUUGCCAGCGAGCAUGCAAGUAUGCCAUUAGAGAGAACAUAAAGAAUGACAGAGAGAAGGAGAGAAGGAGAAGGGAGAAUCCUGAAGCUAUGGAUGAGGAUGUGGAGGACGAAGUUGCAGAAAUUAAGGCUGCUCAUUUUGAGGAGUCAAUGAAGUAUGCUCGUAGAAGCAUAAGCGAUGCUGACAUUUGUAACAACCAGGCAUUUGCACAGACCUUGCAGCUGUCUAAAGGUGUAAACAAAACAUCUGAGGCUGAUGCUGAUAAAACACCUGAAGAGGAUAGAUUGCAUAAAGUUGGUUAUGAUGAUGUGGGUGGUGUUAGGAAGCAGAUGGCUCAGAUCCGUGAGAUAGUUGAGUUGCCACUAAGGCAUCCUCAGCUUUUCGAAUCAAUUGGUGUUAAACCACCCAAAGGAAUUUUACUUUAUGGACCCCCUGGUUCUGGAAAGACAUUAAUUGCCAGAGCUGUUGCCAAUGAAACUGGUGCAUUCUUCUUCUGUAUUAACGGCCCUGAAAUUAUGUCCAAAUGGUUUGGAGAAAGUGAAAGGAACCUCAGGAAGGCUUUUGAAGAAGCUGAGAAAAAUGCUCCAUCCAUCAUCUUUAUUGAUGAGAUCGAUUCAAUUGCUCCAAAGAGGGAGAAGACCCAUGGUGAAGUUGAUAAGAGGAUCGUUUCACAGCUUCUGACUUUAAUGGAUGGACUGAAAUCUCGGUCCCAUGUUAUUGUUAUUGGGGCUACUAAUCGUCCGAAUAGCAUAGAUCCUGCUUUGAGGAGGUUUGGCAGGUUUGAUAGAGAGAUUGAUAUUGGUGUUCCAGAUGAAGUGGGUCGCCUUGAGGGAGUACUUUUCUAUGGCCCUCCUGGAUGUGGGAAAACUCUUCUGGCUAAGGCUAUUGUAAAUGAGUGCAAAGCAAACUUUAUCAGUGUUAAAGGCCCUGAACUGCUCUCCAUGUGGUUUGGUGAGAGUGAAGCCAAUGUUAGAGAAAUACUUGACAAGGCCCGGCAGUCUGCACCUUGCGUGCUUUUCUUUGAUGAGCUCGAUUCUAUUGCUAUUCAGAGGGGAAGCAGUGUUGGUGGUGCAGGUGGGGCAGCUGAUCGAGUUCUAAAUCAACUCCUUACUGAAAUGGAUGGCAUGAACGCAAAAAAGACUGUUUUCAUAAUUGGGGCCACCAAUAGGCCUGACGUAAUUGAUCCAGCACUAUUGCGGCCUGGCCGUCUUGACCAAUUGAUCUAUAUUCCUCUUCCAGAUGAGGAAUCACGAUAUCAGAUCUUCAAAUCCUGUUUGAGAAAGUCACCUGUUGCUGAGGAUGUUGAUUUGAGAGCAUUGGCCCGGAACACUCAAGGUUUUAGUGGUGCUGAUAUUACUGAGAUUUGCCAGCGAGCAUGCAAGUAUGCCAUUAGAGAGAACAUAGAGAAGGACACAGAGAAAGAGAAAAGGAGAAGUAAGAAUCUUGAAGCCAUGGAUGAGGAUGUGGAGGACGAAGUUGCGGAGAUUAAGGCUAAGAAUCUUGAAGCCACGGAUGAGGAUGUGGAGGACGAAGUUGCGGAGAUUAAGGCUGCUCAUUUUGAGGAGUCCAUGAAGUUUGCUCGUAGAAGUGUCAGUGAUGCUGACAUUCGUAAAUACCAGGCAUUUGCACAAAACUUGCAGCUGUCUAAGGGUUUUGGAACUUGGGCUCCAGCCACUGCAUCUGGUUAUGCCAUUUGGGGCUUUGCUUUAUUUGCUCUACUGAUAGCCUUUUUUAUUAAUCUUGUUCAUUUUUCAAAAUAGAAUAACCUGGAAGCUUCUCAGUGGUUCUUGAAGAAGACUACCGAAUGUGGUCACAUGCUCAUUUGGCGGAUGUUGUAGAAUAUUUGGGAUAUAAAGACUCAUCUUUUUUUGAGAAUAGGUAAUGGAAUAAAGACUCAUCUUAGGUUCCAAUUCUGUGUGUUUAGAAGUAAUGUGUGUGCAAGUGUGAGAGCACGAGUGAGUCAGGCAAGUCUGUAGACAUUAGAUGUUGUUCCACGAAUAUUCUCUUCCAUCUCUAUAUCAUGUCAUUGUUGUAUUUCGGUCAUAAAAUUAAAUAAAAUAA